ACUACUAAAGAAACUCGAAAAUCCACAAGCACGAUUUCGCCUAUAAAUAGUUGUGAUACUCGUCGGUUAGUUUCAUUCGAUGUUUACUUUCGCUUAAACCGGACUCGUUUCGGAAUUGGUCGGCGUUCGGAAUCGUCGAUCUGAGCUGAAUUUUGUAUUCAUUGUUGUUGUUUCUCCUGAUGUUUGCCGUUUACGAAGAGAGGGGAUAAACAGAACGAAAAAUGAAUAAGCUAAUAGCAGUUUUAACUUGUUUCACCAUGGUCUUACUAUUGGUACCUUCCAUUGCCUUGGCGGAUACCGAAAAAAACGCCUCGAAUGAUGACCAAAAAAAUGGUGAAAUCAAAAUUUACAAACGUCUCAUUCCGGCCGAUGUGCUUAGAGAUUUUCCUGGGAUGUGCUUUGCAUCGACUCGGUGUGCUACCGUUGAGCCCGGAAAGACAUGGGAGCUGACGCCAUUCUGCGGUCGUUCCACGUGCGUGCAGAAUGAAGACGAUUCAUCAAAGUUAUUGGAACUUGUAGAAGAUUGCGGUCCUUUGCCUUUAUCGCUAGCUAAUAAUAAGUGUAAGCUGGACACGGAGAAGACCAACAAAACGGCACCAUUUCCCUAUUGCUGUCCGAUAUUUACAUGCGAGCCAGGCGUUAAGCUAGAGUACCCAGAAGUUGAAAAGGAAGAAGAGAAGAAUAAUUAAUUUUUCGAUUAUCAUAUUGUUUUUAAUC